AUGUCUAAGAUAAUUGCUGUCAUUGGUGCCACUGGUGUACAGGGAGGAUCUGUUGCCAGAACAUUCUCCGGUAUUCCCGGAUGGGAGGUCCGAGGCAUUACACGCAACCCGGCUUCACCAGCUGCUCGUAAGCUAGAAGAAGCCGGUGUUACUUUGGUCCAGGCCGACUUGGACAAUGUGAACUCGCUGAUCGCCGCUUUCCAAGGCGUCAAUGCCAUCUUCGGUGUCACUGACUUUUGGCAAUUUGCGGAAAAGCAAUCUACGCUGGAUAUUGCCAGGUCAAAGGGAAUCACUUGGAAUGAAGCUUCCUAUCUGCAAGAGUUAGAACAUGGAAAGAAUCUCGUCGAUGCCGCAGCACACGUCGUGAAAGAAGGAAAGCUAGAGAAAAUGGUUUACAGCUCCCUUAGCGAUGCCAAAAAGGCCAGUAAAGGCAAAUACACCUGGGUGUAUCAUUUUGACGGAAAGGCCAAGGUUGUGCAGUAUCUUGAGGAAAAGUCGCAUGAAUCCGCUGAACACCGAGCCCUUUUUGAAAAAACAAGCUAUGUUCAGAUGGGCUAUUACUUGGAUAACUGGAAUAAAAACCCGAUUCUAUUUCCUAAAAAGGUUGGCAGAGCCACAUAUAUCCACCCCCUAUUGAUUUAA